AUGAGCUCUGUCGCAAAAAAUCAUCGAGGACCGGGCCUUAAAGGAUGGCGACUUUUAGUUAGAAAUUUAAAAUUUGAGACAAAAGAAGAGGACAUUAGAAAAUUGGCUGGAAAAUUUGGAGAAAUACUCGAAAUUAAUUUGCCUAAAAGCAAGGACAAACGCUUUCCAAAUUCUUGUGCUGGAUUUUGUUUUAUUCAAUUUAAACGAAGAAUGGAUGCUGAAACGGCUAAAAAAGAAUUAAAUUUUAAAAAGUUCAAUGGUAGAAAGAUUGCUUUGGAUUGGACAAUGAACAAGGAUGACUGGGAGAAUAGUCAACAUGAAGAAAAUUCAAAAGACUCAAAAGAAAUUAAAGACGAGCCUGUUGAUGUUGAAAUGAAUUCUGGAACGGAAGAGGAAAUGUCAAUUAAGGGAACAACACAAAAAGGUUUACACUUGCUCCUUCUUUUUAAAAUAUUUUUAGAUUUAAAAUCAGAAACGGACGACGAUGACUACGACACUUGUCAUUCUGAAGAGUCUGAAGAUGAAGAAGAUGAAGAUAUUGAGGGUGAUGACUUUGAGGAUGAGGAAGAUGAAGAAAAUGAUUCGGAAGAUGAAGAUGAUGAAGUUUCUAAUGAGCUAGAUCAAAAAGAGUCGAAAUUUGUUAAGACUGAGAAAAAUGGAAAAAAGCAAAAUUUUAAGAAAGAUGAAAAUCGAAAGAAUAAUAAUCCUCGACAAGGUGAUGUGGCACUGAGUGAAGGAAGGGUAGUUUUUCUUAGAAAUUUGCCUUUAUCUUCGACUGAUGAAGGAUUUAAACAAUGGCUUAUUGAAAACAAAAUUGCCCCUUUCUCUUUGGCUAUUUUAUGUCGUUCAAAACAAACAAAAUAUCCAACGGGUGCUGCAUUUGUUCAUUUAACAGAAAAAUCUACAACCGAUUUGUUUUUGGAGAAAUUGGAAAGUCCUCAAGGAAUGCUUUUUGAUGGCCGUCGUUUAAUUGGAUAUCGAGCAGUUGACAGAAAAUCUGCCGAUCUAUUUAAACGCCCACAAGAAGAAGAUAAAAAUCCAAAAGACAAAAGAAAUCUUUAUUUGUUGAGAGCUUCGUUAAUUAGAAAAGGAACGCCUCAAGAGAAGGGAAUGUCUGAAGAUGAUGCUAAAUUACGCGAACGUUUGUGUCAAUUUGCAAAGAAAAAGUUGCAAAAUAUGAUUACUUUUGUGUCGCCAACGAGACUAGCGAUUCACAAUAUUCCAUUUAAAUUUACUGAUGAACAAUUACGCCAUCUUUGCCGUGCUGCAGCAGGUGUUUGUGACGAUUCAAUAAUGGAAUGUAGAAUUAUGCGUCAAGUUAAAGGAGAAAAUAAUAAAGGGAAAGUUAUUCUUGGAAAAUCGAAUGGUUAUGGAUUUGUGGCUUUUAAAGAACAUUCUGCAGCUUUACAAUGUUUAAAACAAAUGAAUAAUAAUCCUCACAUGUUUACUAAUGAAAGGCGUCCAAUUGUAGAAUUCUCUAUUGAAAACUUGAAUGCUUUAAGAUUAAAAGAGCGUCGUAAACAAAUGAGUAGAGGAGAAAUAGUUGCAGCAUCAAAUAAUAACAUCAAUAAACAAAAUAAAAAGAAGGAUAUUAAUAAAUCUGAAGAAAAUUUUAAAACAGGAAAUGACCCUUUAGCUUUAGAAAAAACUAAAAAAGAAUUUAUGAAAGGAGGACAGAAAUAUUUGCCAAAAAAAUUGGGAGAAAAAAAGAGGCAUAAAGAUAUGCAACAACAAAAUAAACGAAGAAAGAGAUCAGAUAAAGAUGAUAAUCAAAAAUGUAAGCGAAAUAAAAGGUCGAGUAAAUAA